AUGCCUGGGGUCAGCGAUGUGGUACCAGCGUACAGGCUGAGACAGGAGGAUUUGGAAGAUUAUCUGCGCAGGACUUUCCCCGAGCAAUCAUACUUCAGUAUUGAACUUGCGCGCGACGAGUAUAACAUCGUGAUUCCGAGACUUCUGGAUCGGGUGAGUCCUAAGUUCCAAGCUCCAGUUUAA